GGCCCUUGAGAAUAUUUAUUUUCAGAAUGAAUCAGGAGGGCGUACAAGCUUGUUGCGCCGUUUGCAAUCAGCAAACGCACAGAAGAUGUGGUCGUUGCCUCAAUAUAUAUUAUUGUAACACAGAGCACCAACGGCAGGAUUGGAAAAGGCAUAAAAGUGAAUGUGGCCCCAAGUUACCCAAAAAAGGACCUAAAAGCAAUGAACGCUCGAUAAAAAACGAAGAAAAAUUGAGAAACGGCGAAGUGGACUUCUCUUCCGACGGUAUCGAAAGCAAUUCGCUGAAAGGGGUUGCAAAAGAGGUCAGCCCGAGUGAAAUUAGACGUUUGAAAAAGACAAAGAAAAAAAUUGCGAACGACGUGAGUAAGGAAUGUGGCGCAGCGUGUGUUGGUAAACAUAAUUCGCAAAUUUCUACUGAGAACGUUGUAAGUGAAAGUGUCGCGGCUGAGACACCAGGACACAAUGAUAAUAGUGUUAUUUCUAGUGUAGUGUAUACAGAUAAGGAUUUAACCAAAGGAAGGGCCAUAACAUAUGAGGGGUCGUCUGAACAGGAAAUUUUGAGCGAGUCCGCUCAGCAGCUGAGUACUGUGGACUUUUCAGCUUCUAGUUCAUCAAAUGUAUUGAGAGCUGUAAAUAGAACUGAUGUCAAAAUGCCUGUAGCGCCGUCAUACGGCACAGAGCAGGGUGCUAAAAUGAGGGAGUACCCGGAGGCGUCUUUGAAAGGCAGUGCUCCAUUUAGUUGCAUGCCCAACAGCUAUGACAUGGACCCUAGUGAUCAGUGGUUUGUAGUGUGUCAAAGACUUAUUAGGGAUAUGACUCAAUAUGGUGUAUGUGUUUUGGACAAUUUCCUCGGUAAAGAUCGAGGCUUGUUGGUAUUAAAUGAAGUCAUGAAUAUGCACAGAUCAGGAAUAUUCACAGCAGGUCAGGUAGUAUCCAAUUCGGGUAGCACUGAAGCACAAACCGUACGCAGCGACCAAACCACGUGGAUUGAUGGCAAGGAACCACAAUGUCAAUACAUAAAGCAAUUAAUCACACAGGUGGAUAACAUCGUGAUGAGAGCGAACAAAAUGCCCGGCAAUGGGAAGAUGGGCGACUUCAUGAUCAACGGCAGGACAAAGGCUAUGGUAGCGUGCUACCCAGGCUCUGGUAGUCACUAUGUGAAGCACGUGGAUAAUCCUAAUAAGGACGGACGAUGCAUCACGGCUAUAUACUACCUCAACCUCAACUGGGACGUGAAGCGGUGUGGAGGAUUACUCAGGGUGUUCCCUGAAGGCACUAAUCAAGUGGCGGACAUAGCGCCUAUCUUCGACAGAAUGUUGUUCUUCUGGUCCGACAGACGGAACCCUCACGAAGUUCAGCCAGCGUAUCAUACAAGAUACGCGAUCACUCUAUGGUAUUUCGAUGCUCAAGAAAGGGAGGAGGCGCAACGACGUUUUAAAAAAUGCGCCAACCCGUCCUCGAGCAAGUGAUGUCGGAUGUUCGGAGUACGCCUCACGUAGGUCUAGUGUUUCGCUGUGAUCUUUCACUUGUUAAGGUCCUACUUACUCUUAAAUUAUGUACAUAAAUUAAACUGCGCCUCUAUAGAGAAUAACCUCUUAUCUAUAAAAACUAAAACGUUGUACAAACAUAUUUUAAUAGUUAACAUUUUUUUUAUUUAU